CUGAAGUAGCCCAGAGCAGACACUGACAGGGGUAGUAUCUUCACGGCCGAGAGAAGGGUGUGCAGGGCCUGUCCAGCGUCGUCACCGCGGGGAUCUCCCAGCGGAGGAGAUGCCCCCCUCUUUCGCACGCCUCUCUCUCAUGUUUUCUUUUGUCUUUCAUAGUUUGGUGAAUAAAUCAUUUCUGGAGCAUUUUUACUUUUAAAGUCAUCUCGUCCCUACGAGGCUGUGUCCCUGGACAAUGUAGUCUGCACAGAACCCGGGAAUCUCAAACACCGCAGGUAAGUUUGUCGGCGUUUUCAUGACUCGCCUCUGAACCCUCUUUCCUCACCUCUGUUCUGGAGCGAAAAUGGGCUUUCCGGGUUCUGAAAAAGCGGCGGGUUGAGGCGACCGGGAAGGGGGUUUUAUUUUGGAGGGUGACGUGGAGUAGAAGUAGGGGGAGAGGAGCGAGAGACGAAUAUUCCGCGUUUCUCCCGCCCGCCUUCCGGGCAGCUGGCUCCGCGCCGCCUCCCUCGGCGCGUUCCUGGCUUCCCCGACUCGGGCCGCCCAGCUGCUCCGCUGGCUUCGGGCUAGGCUGUCCGGGAUGCUGAGCAGCCCUGGACUCGGCCGCGCCGCCCCCCGGGGCUCAGAGCACCCGCCCCCGGGAGGUUUGCAGAGCCCCGGACCGCCGCAGGGCUGCAGCCACGCUCGGCCCGGAGAUUUUCCGAGUGCACACAGGUCCGGGAGUCCGCAGAGGCAGCGCGGAGAGCUGACUCGCUGAGCGCGCGCGCGCGCGCGUGCCCCCCACCCCCAAACUCCCCUACGCGGUGGGCAACGCGGGGCGGCGGUUACCCAUUCCGGUAGAAGGGAGAUGUAAAUUCUUGGCCCCGGGUGCUGCCAGGCGCGUGCCCGCAGUCACAAAACACACUUGUUUAGGGGCAGGCGAUCAGACUAGUAUUGAAAAAUGCUUCGGCUGCGGCCUCCCCGCCCGCCCAGGCAUUUGUAAGCUGAGGGACACAGCCCCAAGGCCAGGGUCAGGAAGGCAAAGCGCGGGCACGCAGGCGCCCUCCCAGACCCGGGUGCAGGCAGCAGCUCCGGGACGGCAGGUCCUGCUCAGGUUCCCUCCGAGUCAGUCCCUGAUGCCCCGAGUGGGUGGAGAAGGGUGACCCUCAAGUCCAGGGACGGGGGCUGCCUGAGAGUGGAGCCGCCCAGUUACCGGAGAUAACCAGUGUUUGCUCAUGGCCCAGGAGACAGUGAAUGAGGUGUCUCAUCCUCCGAGCGAUCGAAAUCAGCCGCUCUCCGCACACAGCACACUUAGGAAUCAAGUAGUUCUGCGUCGUUUCUCUGCCGGUCCUCGUGGGUUCGGAGACAAAUCUUAGCAUCUGGAAUUUCAAGGGACCUCAAAGUGCAUCACAACCUGGGGUGGGGGUAGAACACCCGGGAAAGGCAUACGCCCAACGUCCUGGCGACCGAGCCACCCGAGGAAUGUGUUCACGCUGAGCCGCACAAUCUUUCUAGCGGAUCGGAUCCGUGCGGUUGUUUAUGGAGUUCUGGGAGGGGGCUGAGCCCGCGGAACUGCCCCCAGUCCGCCUCCCAGGCCAUGCCGCCCCAUCAGCGCUCAGAGCCGUGGCCACCGGGCCUCCGGGGCUGACCCGGGAGCCGCGGGAGGAGGAGGCGCCCGCGCCGGAGCCGGAACGGGAGCCGCGGCGGCGAGCAGCGCGGCGGACCCAGUACUAUGGCUGUGUACUGCUAUGCACUCAACAGCCUGGUGAUCAUGAAUAGCACCAACCAGGUGAAGAGCGGCGGCGGCCCGGGCCCCAGCGGCAGUGAGACGCCCCCGCCCCCGGGAAGGACUGUGCUGAGCCCCGGCAGCGUUUUCAGCCCCGGGAGAGGGGCCUCUUUCCUCUUCCCCCCAGCCGAGUUGCUGUCGCCGGAGGAGCCCGGGAGCCCUGGGGGCUGGCGGAGUGGCCGGCGCAGGCUGAAUAGUAGCAGUGGCAGCGGCAGCGGCAGCGGCAGCAGCGUGGGCAGCCCGAGUUGGGCGGGUCGUCUGAGAGGAGACCGGCAGCAGGUAGUGACCGCCGGUACCCUCUCCCCGCCAGGGCCAGAGGAGGCCAAGAGGAAGCUGCGGAUCCUGCAGCGCGAGUUGCAGAACGUGCAGGUGAACCAGAAAGUGGGGAUGUUCGAGGCUCACAUCCAGGCGCAGAGCUCCGCCAUUCAAUCACCUCGAAGCCCGCGCCUGGGCAGGGCUCGCUCACCCUCCCCGUGCCCCCUUCGCAGCAGCAGUCAACCCCCUGGAAGGGUCCUGGCCCAUUGCGCCCGGAGCGAGGAACGGAGGACAAAGUCCUGGGGGGAACAAUGUCCAGAGACUUCAGACGUCGACUCCAAGAGGAGAGGAGGGUUGCCCAGCCUAUGCUCUUCGAAGGACAAGGAUGGAGUGGCACCUCUCCCUGGCCCAGCUGCCACGACAGGAUCAGUGGCUCAAGGUCCAGCAGCUGCAGGAAGGAUGGAGAAGGGGAUCCCUGCCAGUCACUCCUGUGGCUCUCCCACAGCUAUGGAAAAUGACAAGAGGGUCUUCCCUCUGUUGGGAGCCGGGAGUUGUCAGGCUCCCUCACUGGUGGGAGUUAGCUUAGCAAUGGCUACAGACGUGGCUGCUGCAGCCACCUCCACAGGGUUAUAUCGCCUGCACAUUCCUGCCUUGAGUGAGAGGUCUGGGAGGGUGGGGGAGCUUGUGGGUGCACAUCCCCCUGAGGCUCCAAUGGAGAGGCAGAGGCAGUCUGUGGGCAGUGACACAAGCCCAGCCCCAGAGAGGGGCAGGGCCCACCAUGGGGAGCCCCCUGGGAAGGUGGAGAAAGGAAAUCUGCCCUAUGGUAUGCUGGGCAAAAGGCUGGAGGAGAUGACUGUGAAUGUACAAAGCUUGGAACCCUCGAAGGCCCCAAGCUGCUCUGGGCAACCAAGACUCCUGUGCUCCAUAGGUCCCGAGGAGGCCCAUAGCGGGACUUUGGUGGUCCUGGGGCCUGGGCAUGACUCUGACAGAGGGGAGGAAGGAUCUCAGAUGCUUGGCUUGCUUGGGGACAGGCACAUAGCACAGCAGGGGACCAGGGAAGUGGAGGCAGGAAUUCCCUCUGGGGGAAUGCUGGAGCCUUUGACCUGCUGGAAAGUGGCAAAAGAUCUGAAAGAGCCUCAGCGCCUUCCUAGGGACAGGUUGGGUGUGCAGCUGGGUAGCUCCAGGGCUUGGCUGGGCCCCAUGGAGGAAGCUGGUCUGGCCUGGACUUGUGGCCUGGGCGAACAGUCAGAGGGGACUUGGAGCCAGCCACAGGACAGAGACGCCCACCACGGUCCAGAGCCGCUGACCCCGGAUCGGAAGGAAAAACCUUUCCUGAGGGAAACCUGCAGUCCUAGCAAUAUACCUGCUGUCAUCAUUACAGACAUGGGCACCCAGGAGGAUGGGGGCUUGGAGGAGGCACAGGGAAGCCCUCGGGGCAACCUGCCCCUGAGGAAACUGUCCUCUUCCUCCGCCUCCUCCACGGGUUUCUCCUCAUCCUAUGAGGACUCAGAGGAGGACAUCUCCAGUGACCCUGAGCGCACCCUGGACCCCAACUCGGCCUUCCUGCAUACUCUCGACCAGCAGAAACCCAGAGUGAGCAAAUCAUGGAGGAAAAUAAAGAACAUGGUGCACUGGUCUCCCUUUGUCAUGUCCUUCAAGAAGAAGUACCCCUGGAUCCAGCUGGCGGGACACGCAGGUAGCUUCAAAGCCGCUGCCAAUGGCAGGAUCCUGAAGAAGCACUGUGAAUCAGAGCAGCGCUGCCUGGACCGGCUGAUGACCGAUGUGCUGAAGCCCUUCGUGCCUGCCUACCACGGCGACGUGGUGAAGGACGGGGAGCGCUACAACCAGAUGGACGACCUGCUGGCUGACUUCGACUCGCCUUGCGUGAUGGACUGUAAGAUGGGCGUCAGGACCUACCUGGAGGAGGAGCUCACCAAGGCCCGCAAGAAGCCCAGCCUUCGGAAGGACAUGUACCAGAAGAUGAUCGAGGUGGACCCCGAGGCCCCAACAGAGGAAGAGAAUGCCCAGCGGGCUGUGACCAAGCCACGCUACAUGCAGUGGAGAGAGACCAUCAGCUCCACGGCCACCCUUGGGUUCAGGAUCGAGGGCAUCAAGAAAGAAGACGGCUCGGUAAACCGGGAUUUCAAGAAGACCAAAACGAGGGAGCAGGUCACCGAGGCCUUUAGAGAAUUCACUAAAGGAAACCUUAACAUCCUGAUUGCCUACCGGGACCGGCUGAAGGACAUUCGGGCCACCCUGGAAGUUUCUCCCUUCUUCAAGUGCCAUGAGGUCAUCGGCAGCUCCCUCCUCUUCAUCCACGAUAAGAAGGAACAGGCCAAGGUGUGGAUGAUUGACUUUGGGAAAACCACGCCCCUGCCCGAGGGUCAGACCCUGCAGCACGACACGCCCUGGCAGGAGGGGAACCGGGAGGACGGCUACCUCUCAGGGCUCAACAACCUCAUCGAGAUCCUCACGGAGAUGUCCCGGGGCUGAGAGCCGCCCCCUCCCGCCAGUGCCUGCCUCUCCCUCCCCUUUGCCCUCUUAGUUUUUCCUUCACUUCUUCCUGGGUUCAAGCCUCAGAACUGACCCUCCCGAACUGCACUACAAGACACUUUGUAGAAGAGGAGAAGAAAGGAGGUUUCCUGGUGAUUUUCCUAACUUAAGGCUUUGGGGGUGGGGUUUCCACUUCCCUUUGUAAAUAGGGUCACCUACUAGAAGAGAAAUGCCCAGCGCCUAGGCAGGGCUCCCUGUACAGGAGGUCAGUUGGGUUUAGAGCCUGGAGGGAGGCUUUGGUGGCUGCAGGGUCCCUGGCUGCAGAGGGGAACCUCUAACAACGUGGGAUCCCAGCAUCCAGGCGACCCCUAGGAAACGCAGGCGUGGCGGGUUUACCUGUGGGCUCCUGCUGCCGCCUGGUGUCCGGUGCCGUGAGUGCACCACUGCCCAAGCACAGUCCCGUUUGUGCCGGGCAGGGGCUCUCAGAGCCCCCGGGUUACAACAGGUUCCUGUUGCCUGGCCGGGAAGCCAGACUUUCUGAUAGUUGGGGCACAAAACCACUGGGGAACUAUAUGUUGGUGGGAAUAAAGUGCCCUCUGUCUAGCUGCCCAAGGGAUCCCAGAGACAACUUGACCUCUCUAGGGUGGCUAAAGCAGGGACCCCACCCCCAACCCAGGCUAGGGACAGGCCCAGGGGCCAGGGCAGGCCAGAGCGAUCUUGGCUGUGUUCCCUGACCAGGCCUUCCCAGAAGGGGGCAGGCAGGAAUACUCCCACGGCUUCUGAGGGACUCUACCAGCCCCCGCUUCCCUGGCCCCAGAGGAGGAUGGCUCUUCUCGUACCCCUUCACCCUCCCUGGCCUCUCUUGGUGCUUGCCGGCACACGUGGGGUCCUUUCCUGGGGUCCCAAGACCCCAGCAGUUAAACAGCGAGGACGUUAGGCCAGUUUAGGGCAGUGAGGAAGCAGGGCUUCGGCUUUUUGGCACCCUUUUUUCCCUGAAAUAAGUCUUAGAGCCUGGGGGAAUUAGGCCCAUGUUAACCAACUGGGUGUGGCUGCCAGCAGGGGAUUCCAGGCCCUUCUUCCUAGAGUCUCCAUUUUGCUUGAAGAUUUGUGGGAAACCAAGUAAUGUUAGACCUUAUUUUAAUGGUAAAGCAAGUAAGUCUUUAUUAGUAAGGAGAAUGUAAAAUUCGUGUGACUGUUUAAGGAGAAAAACUCCCCUCAAAGCAUCCCCUCACUCUCCUUGGCUGUGAGUCCUGCAGGGGUGCAGGGGCCGAGACGCUCUCACUGGGUGCCACCCGGCAGGGGCCGUGGCUCAGUGGCGAGCUGCUGGUGCAUACCGAGGUGUGUGCACUGGAGGGAGGGACCCCUGGGCCGCCCUCUUGCCACCCCAGGGUCUUGGGGGCAGCUAUCGAUCUGCCCCCGUGCGUGACACACGUUCCCUCUGUCACGCUGGGCGAGUGACAGUUGGUGGGGGUGGAGGGUGGGCCAAUGAGGAUGUAUAAGUGCAGCUUUUAAAAAAGGAAAUCACUUUUUAAACUUCCUGGUUCUUGUUCAAAAUAGUGGUGAGCUCCUGCGUGGGCCGACUUGCCAAAGGUCACACCCCAGCCUCAGCUGAGCAGAGAGACUCAUGAGGGCAUGUGAUCCUGGAAGGAAGGAGGCCUGGGGGCCCCAGAGCUCCAAAGCCAGCUCCCUGUCUCCAGAAGUUAGAAGGGACUGACCCUGGAGGUCUGUGGUUCAGCUGAACUGCUAGGAAGGACCAUCAUUAAUUCAGAUGUAGAGAUUCUACAACAACAGGCUGGUCAAAUGCCACCUUCAUUGUAUCGAUGAGAAAAGUUUGCUAAAGCAAAUUAGUGGUGUGAACAAAAAUUACCGGGGACCAGCUUAACCGACUUAAAAGAACAAACUUGCCAAGCACUUUAAGCGAGCACCAGUUGUUUGCGAUGUGCUGUAUGUAAAUAAUUAGUUGAUUAAAGGAGGCCCAUGGGGGCUUCUUAUUGGGUCAUAUAAUGUAUGUGAAAGUGGUAUAAAACGGCAUCAUUUUAGGGUUAUUCUAUUAUUUAGGGUUUUUUGUAUUUACCGUGCUAGUUCUCCUACCCUUUCACAUCUACUCUGUCUCUAACCCCUUCUGCCUUUUUCCUCCCACCCCUUCCCCUGCCAUGUGGCCCUUCCCCCUUGUCACGGUGGGGCAGGUGGACCCUGGAAUGGAAUUUACCAGCAGCCGCCCCGCCCUGGUCCAGCAGGGACCCCUGGGUUCCUGGCUGUGUGGGUACCGGGAGGUGGGCCCUCAGUACUAAUGUCUCUGCACUGCUUGGCUUAGCGUUUGCAGGUUUCCUCAACUGCUUUUCCCAGACUUGCCUUUAGUGUCAUGUAAGAAGUUUUUAAGUUAUAUUUAUUUUGUUGGUUUUUAAAAAUUGCACAAAACACUAAGACUGAAAGGCUGGAUUUUGUUUUUCCUUUGAAGCUUUGCCUUCUUUCUGAACUUCCUUUCCCUACUUGGUGGAAAGAGCUCAGAAGCAGCCCUGGCCCCCAAGAUGGACUGCUUCCUCCUCUAGUUGUAUUUAGCUUCGAGUUUCUCUGGAUUUGGCUAAUCCUCGUGUGCAGAAGCAGGUUGUUUAUAUCCCCCAUCGGUGCCCCUGUUUUCUGGAGGCUCUCCUUUCCCUCUGCACCCCUCUCCCCCACGGGACCUUGGAGAAAACUGAACUGUUACAUAUGCCCCACGCACAGUGCUGCCAGACGGACUGUAAAUGCUCUGUACCCUCCAAAAUAAAGGCCUUUGGAAACCACGG